UUGGGCGGGCUAGACCUGGGUCAGGCCCGGACUGGCCCUCCGAGCCAUGGACCCGGCACGACCUAGGCCCGUGCCUGUUCAAGGUCAGUCUAACCCAACCGUUCGGCCGCCGUCCAUCAAAACUUAUUGCUAGUGCGCUUCCUAAAACCCCAAACCAGAAGGAAGGGGAGCUCUAAAUUCAGUCCCGUGUCUCAAGCCUGCUCACAAUCAAUUACCCUCACCAAUACAUCAAUGUUGGCAGCCUUAAACAGAUCAUUAUACUCGCGCUCGACAAACAUCGUUGCGUUUAGGAAAUCCUUCUCUUGCGCCUUAGCAGCCCAAGCAGAUUUAAUUCCCAGUGCCAAUGCGCCAAAAUACUCGGCACCGAGGGCCAGGAAUCUGUUCUCCAGGAUUAAUCCCGUCAGACAGGAUAAGACGUCGUUCGUGUUCUCGACGAGUGGGUGGCCGAGGGCAGACAUGUCCAUCCUCUCGAGCUCAGACCCAUUAUUCGCCACCUCCGGAGCCGCCGCCGUUUCUCUCAGGCUCUUAAGCUGUACUUUAGAAGCUUCAGCUUCAAUUGUGCAAAUGCUAAGCUUUUGCCAUUUCGGAGUGGAUCAGUUCCAAUCAUGCCUUCAAAUUAACACCGGGCGAUUUUGCUGUGCAUUUGGAUCUAAUCAGUGUUGUCCAAGGGUGGGAAUCCGCAGAAGCCUACUUCGCAAACCUAAACGGGCAAUACAAAAACGAGAAGACAUAUGGUGCCUUCUCAACUGCUAUGUAAGACAAGGCCUCCUGACUAAAGCUCUUGACCACAUGCAGGCCAUGAAAGAGCUCGGGUACAGCUCAUCAACCCUCAACUACAACAAUCUCAUGGCCCUGUACAAGAAGGAAGGGAAACUAGACAAAAUUGUCGAGACUCUUUCGGAAAUGAAGAAAAAUGGCAUCUCCCCCAAUAACUUCUCCUACAGAAUAUGCAUAACCUCAUUCGGCGAAAAAUCAGAUGUGGACUCAAUGGAGAAGCUUUUAGAUGAAAUGGAGCUGCAGGCUGAUGUGGACAUUGAUUGGGCCACGUGCUCUGUCGUGGCCUAUCAGUUGAUAAAAAAACGGGCGGGAAGAAAAAGCCCUUGCCUACAUGAAGAAGUUGGAAGCAGGUCUCCAAAAAGAUGCUUUGGGCUAUAAUCACUUGAUUUCGCUCUACGCGCAUCUCGGGAACAAGGAUGAGAUGUUGAGAGUGUGGGAUUUGCAAAAGAGAGUUUGUAAAAAGCAGAUCAAUUGGGAUUAUAUAACUAUGCUCGGUUGUCUUGUGAAGCUUGGGGAGUUUGAUGCAGCUGAGGUGGUUUUGAAGGAAUGGGAGUCUUGUUGCCGUAAUUACGACUUUAGAGUACCGAAUACGGUUUUAAUCGGGUAUUGUCAGAAGGGUUUGGUCGAGAAGGCUGAAAUUAUGCUUCGAGAUAUCAUGGAGAAGGGGAAAAGGCCGACUCCCAACAGUUGGGGUAUUAUUGGUGCGGGGUAUUUGGAUGAGGGUAAUUUUAGGAAGGCAUUUGAGUGGUGAAGGAAGCUUUAGGUGCGAAAGAACGUAACUUGAAAUGGAGGCCGAAGCCUGGUUUAAUUGAAAAGUUGUUGAGCUGGCUUGGUGAUGAAGAGGAGUAUGAAGAGGUGGAUGCUUUUGUGCGGUUGGUUUUAGCAGUGGUCCCGGUGAAUAGAGAGAUGUAUUGUGCAUUGAUUAAAGCAGGUUUGAGAGCGGGGAAGGAUAUGGGUUUGAUUUUGGUUAGGAUGAAAGGUGAUGAUGGGAUUGGUGUAGAUGAUGAAAUUGAGGAGAUGAUCAAAUUGCGACCUUGAUGAGUUCUCCUGACUUGUUCAUUUUGGUUUACUCGUUUCAAAACGUAUAUAUGGUGCAGUUGUCAUCUCUUCUAAGUAGGUCGGAUGUUGUGGUGGUCUUCUCGAGCUACACGAUGAUAUUUUUUAGUAAGAAAACUUCACCGGGAAAAUCUCUUGUGCGAUCAUCGAAUUAUUUCUCUAGUUUCGAGAAAUAGAAAGAUUUCCAGCUCAUAUUGUGAAAAGGUGCAUUCAAGCAGCAGUCCGACGAAACAACUAAGCUGAUUAUGCCUGUGAUUUGGGAUUGUGCUAUUGAGAAGGGACAAAUGUUAGAAGAAAAGUGUCAAAAUUGUAGAAAAUUAAAUUCCAUUUCACAAUUUAUCACACGUUUGCAUCUAAUCUCACAAUUGAUCACACGUAUUAACUAA